AUGGAGUCUACCAUUUUAUGGUUGGACAAUCACGAGAGAGAAAUAGUAAAAGAGUCUAGUAGAGAGUGUGUUUGUACAAUUGAACAACAAUUCGAAACCAAACCAAACCAAACCAAAACAAAACAACCUUUCUUGUUUUUCACUUAUUCAUUCACCACUUUUCUCCAAACCUCUCUCUCUCUCUCUAUCUAAGAUAGAAAUGAGCUCACCAUCAUCACCAAGAGAGAAGGCCUCUCCCACAAGCAGCAGCAUCAAUGCCUCCUCCCAACCCCUCCCCCUCCCCCUCCCCACCCCACCCCACACCCCAACCCCAAAGCCCAGAUCCCACGACGCCAGCAAUCCCUACCCAACCACCUUCGUCCAAGCCGACACCACCACCUUCAAACACGUCGUCCAAAUGCUUACCGGAUCCCCCAAACCCGAUCCAUCUCCCACGCCCCGCUCCGGCUCCGGCAUCGGCAUCAAGAGCACCAAUCAGAAGAAGCAAGGCUUCAAGCUCUACGAGCGCCGCAACAGCCUCAAAAACCGCCUCAUCAUCAACACCUUUUCCCCCAAUUCCAAUUAUUCCAAUUCCAAUUCCAAAUCGCCGGGAAUUCUGUCGCCGAGCAUACUUGAUUUUCCGGCGCUGAUGCUGAGCCCGGUGACGCCGAUCAUCAACGAGGAGGAGAGAGCGAUUGCGGACAAGAAAUUCUACUUCCACCCGUCGCCGCGGACCGCGCCGGAGCCGCCGCAGCUGCUGCCGCUCUUUCCGGUUACCUCGCCGCGGGCCUCUACUUCUUGAUCUCCUUUUGUACAAUUCAUUUUAAUCUUCCAUCUUUAGCCUUAAAUGGAUUAAUUAACAGAAAAUUGGGGAAAUUUUUAACA